AGUGGCUGAUGGGCCGGUGGCGGACAGCGCUGUACAGUCAGCAGGCAGUCAGUCAGUCAUGGCGGCGCUGUGUGUGUGCUCGGCUCGGCAGGGCGCUGCGGCUCUCCGCUCCUCCACCGGCCUUCUGGCCGUGCGGUAUGUGCAGACCGCUGCAGCUGCGGCUCCGGCCGCCCAACAGCGGAUUAAGAAGUUCCAGAUUUACCGCUGGGACCCAGAUAGACCUGGAGACAAACCCCGCAUGCAGACCUAUGAGGUCGACCUCAACACCUGUGGGCCGAUGGUGCUGGACGCUCUGAUUAAAAUCAAGAAUGAAAUGGACUCAACUCUCACCUUCAGACGCUCCUGCAGAGAAGGCAUCUGUGGUUCGUGUGCGAUGAACAUUAACGGUGGCAACACGCUGGCCUGCCUGAACAGAAUUGAAACCAACCUCAGCAAAGCGACCAAGAUUUACCCGCUUCCCCACAUGUAUGUGGUCAAAGACCUGGUACCGGACAUGAGUAACUUCUACGCGCAGUACAAAGCCAUUGAGCCCUACCUAAAGAAGAAGGAUGAGAGUCAGCAGGGGAAGGUGGAGUACCUGCAGAGCGUGGAGGACCGACAGAAACUGGACGGUCUGUACGAGUGCAUCCUGUGUGCGUGCUGCAGUACCAGCUGUCCGAGCUACUGGUGGAACGGAGACAAAUACCUGGGACCUGCCGUCCUCAUGCAGGCGUACCGGUGGAUGAUCGACUCACGUGAUGAUUACACAGAGGAGAGGCUGGCCAAGCUGCAGGACCCGUUCUCUCUGUACCGCUGUCACACCAUCAUGAACUGCACCAGGACCUGCCCAAAGGGCCUGAACCCAGGCAAGGCUAUAGCGGAGAUAAAGAAGAUGAUGGCCACGUAUAAGGAGAAGAAGGCGGCCACCGCCUGAUCCGAGCUCCGCCUAAAGCCCUCCAUAGCAACAGUGAAUAGGAUCAGUAUCAGCAGUGGUUAAGAUUCUCCACUCGCACCCUGCACAGCCUCCCGUCACUCCAUGUCCAGCAGACUGCCCCACGUGUCCAUAAGAGAAGUUACAUAGACUUUAAUUGAACUGAUACUGCAUUCCUUCAUUAUUGUCUAUUACAUAGCCUACGCACAGUGUCCAGGUGUAUAUACACAGGUGUGUACAGGUGAGUGUGUGUGGUGCGUAUGUUAUAUCUUAGUCUUCUCUGGUAUCCACAGCAGAUUUUUGUGUAAUAAAUUAAUGCAUGACAUCCACA